AUGACAGGUGGAGAAGAAUUUAACGCUGCUGCAAACAUAAUGAUACCAGUAGAAAAUCCUGAAAGUUCUCAAAAUAUAGCCGACAUCCAAAAUGACGAGAAGAUGGCUCACAUGGCGCAAGAGCUUGAGAUUUUGAGAGAGGAACUACGUCAAGUGCGAGACUUGGCCAAGCUUUCGGCUACUACCUUCCCAAGUUUCAAGAUGCCCAGCUACCUCCCUAGAGCUGACCUGCCUCCUACAGAUUCUCCAAACAUGCCUAAACGUGCUCCUGUUCAUGGUCAAGCACCAUUAGCUCAUCCGUCUGCAAUCAGGACUGCUCCUGACCUUCCCACUCAAGACCCCGUCACACCUACCUACCCAGUGACAAACCAGAUAUUUGGAGCACACACCGUCGCUCCUUAUGAUUCACAGAUCCCACCUGUAUAUGCUGUUGAGGCCCCUACUUUCACGACACCGGUUAGGGUCAAGGUCCCGCAUGAGGUGGACCAAUAUGCAGAGAUGGAGAAGGAUGCCCGAUUGAAAGAAGAUGAGUCAAUAGACGCUCAACUUCGAGGUCUAAGAAAGGCGUUGAAAAACCUACAAGUCUCUAGGGGAACAGAGAGCCUAGAUUAUGAUGACUUAUGUAUCCACCCAGAUAUUGACAUGCCGGUAGGAUACAAGCCCCCAAAGUUUGACAUAUUUGAUGGAAAGAGCGAUCCUCACGCACAUCUGAGGGCAUACUGUGACAAGUUAGUUGGUGUAGGGAGAAAUGAGAAACUAAGAAUGAAGUUGUUCAUUCGAAGUCUAUCUGGAGAAGCGUUGACUUGGUAUACACGCCAGGAUCCUCGCAAAUGGUAUAACUGGCAGGAAAUGGCUGAGGAUUUCAUGAAUCGCUUCAGAUUUAAUACUGAAAUCACUGCGGACAGGUUCUCAUUAGCCAACAUACAAAAGAAACCAUCGGAGGACUUCCAGGAGUAUGCACGACGUUGGAGAACCGAGGCUGCAAGGGUUCAACCACCGCUCGAUGAGAGUGAGCUCUCAAAAUACUUUAUUCGAGCCCAAGAAGGUAUCUACUUUGACAAGAUGAUGUCAAUGAUGGGCCAAAAGUUUGCAGAAUUGGUCAAGAUGGGAGAUUUUAUAGAGGAAGGCAUCAAAUCAGGUAAAAUUCAGUCCAUGGCUGCAUUGCAAGCUGCAAGUAAGGCCAUACAAUCAGGAUCCAUUGGUGGCAUCAAGAAGAAAAGGGAGGAUGUUUCAGUCGUCAAUUACCAACAUGGAGGACAAUCCCACCAAUACCCCAACAAUCCCCAAAUUGUUGCACAUACUCCAUACACCUCGUAUCCAGUAUAUAAUACCCGACCACACUAUAAUCCACCUCGAGCACCAUCAUACCAAAGUCCAACAAGACCACAUGUCCCACUCCAAGCACCAACCCACCAAAAUAGACCAGCAUAUGUGCCAAGACCACGUCCAAAUCUCGAAGCCAGAAAUACUCGCACCUACACACCCAUUGCUGAACCUUAUGCUCAAUUGUUUGAAAGGUUGAGGAUAGCAAGAGUACUACAUCCAGUUGAGGGAAAACUCCCCGACCCAAUCCCUUACAAUUUUGAUGGAAACAAGCGAUGCGCUUACCACUCGGGAAUCCAAGGGCAUGACACAGAAGAUUGUUAUGGCUUGAAAAACCGGGUUGAGACGUUGAUCAGAAGAGGAAUAAUAAAAUGCACUCCAACACCUCCGAAUAACGCCGAAGAAGCUGCCACUGCAUCUCCAGUACAACCUAUUAUCACUGUUCAGCUAAGGGAACCUCUUACUGUCCAAACAUAUCUCCCGAGAGUUGUAGUAACCACUACAGUUGCUAGAAAGGCUGAGUUUGACACCAAAGAAGUCCCAUGGGAUUAUAAAACAGAAGCCAAGGGCAAGAUGAUUGACACCGCUGUGGCUCAGGGGAUGACUAGAUCAGGAAGGUGCUAUACUCCCGAGAAUCUGGAUCAAGGAGUUAUUGGGAAGGAGCCGAAUUCCAAGAAGAAUGUUACGGAUGCUGAAGUCACAGAAUUUUGGAGAAAGAUGCAGCCGAAAGACUAUUCAGUCGAAGAGCAACUGAAAAAGACAUCGGCUCAUAUAUCCAUAAUGUCUUUGCUAAUGAGUUCUGAGGCUCAUAGGAAUGCUUUGAUGAAGGUGUUAAAUGGGGUUUGCAUUCCAAAAGAGACCGCAAGUGAAACCUUAGCUGCAACAAUUGGACAAGUGUUGGAAUCUAACAAAAUCUCUUUCCAUGAUAAUGAGCUACCAACGGAAGGGACUGGACACAACAAAGCACUUCAUAUCGCGGUCAAAUGUCGUGAUAAGAUUGUGACCCGAGUUCUGAUUGAUGGCGGUUCUGGAUGUAACAUCUGCCCUUUCACAACUCUGAGAGUUUUAGGCUUGAAUAUGGGAGAUAUAGAGGAAAGUCGUGUAAAGGUGAGAGCUUUUGAUGGAUCACAGAGAAGCGUCAUUGGAGAAAUCCAUCUCACAUUGCAAGUGGGACCAACAGAAUUCCCUAUUUUAUUUCAAGUGAUGGAUGUGUCAUCGAACUACAACCUGUUGCUGGGAAGACCAUGGGUCCAUAUGGCAAAAGUAGUUCCUUUAACUCUUCAUCAAUGUGUAAAGUUUGAGUGGGGUCACACAGAAGUUACUGUUCAUGGGGAGCUCAAUCACCCCAUCUAUUCUGUCAAUUCUGUUCCAGUAAAUGAGGAAUUAGAUGGAGCCACUUUUCACACUUUAGAAAUCAUGCAAGCUGUGAGGAUUGACGAGAAGUUAGAGUCGGUUGGUGUGAAAUUGUCAGGGGCAUCGAAGAUGGUAGCAGCAGAGAUGUUGAAAUACGGGUAUCAGCCUAAGACAGGACUUGGACCUAGGGCCAAUGGCAUAGUUGAACCCAUCCAGCUGAAGCAUCAGAAAGGUACCACUGGACUCGGAUAUGGAUCUACAUCCGGACGAGUCCACAACAGGGGAUCCAUCAAGACAACGUUUGUACCAGAGCAAGUUCCGAUUCUAGAUCACGCAUCUGACGAUGACAUAGUGGAAGGAAUAGGAAAUUUGUUCGUGGCCAUGAUUGGAGAAGAGGAAGAGAUAGAUCUCCGCAAAUUGAGCAUCCGUGAUUCCAAGCCUGGAGAAAGCUUGCAGAAUUGGACCGUCAGUCCUUCCCUGUUUCGACAAAAGUCCUGGUAG